UUUUGGUGCAGCGCCCCCACAGGCCAGGAGGGGAACAGGUUGGUUUGACUCAGAGCCACAGCAGCUACAGGUGGAGCAGAUGGUCCAACUUUUCUCCACCAAUCGAACCAAAACUUCCAGCCUGUCAGGAGGAAAACAGCCUAAUGUUUCCAUUCUCCAACACAACGGAUUCAAGUGACUGAAUUCGGUUCUCAGCUGGUCAUAAAGUUCAGCAGAGGCCCGGUAAUCUAACCUUUGUUUGGUCCAGUCGUGUUGAACCAGGAGGCAUCCAGACCAGGCAGACACUGCUGACCUUUAACCUUUGGAACAAACAGGAGGUUUUCAGUGAACAUGGCGAGCUGAUGGAGGAACAAAGAAGUGAAAACGGAGGUGGAGCGUCGGAUGGAUUUAAAGAAACGGAUGACAAACAUGUAGACAGGAAGUUUGAGGAAUGAUGACAGAAAAGAAAAGUGAUCAUUUCUUUCCCGUUUUCUUCCAACCAGCGGACUGAAACAAAUGACAGGAAGGAAACGGGAUGAAGCAGGAGGAGAGUAGAGGAGAGCCAAACAGAAGUCCUGACCUUUGACCUGCCGCACAGCAAACAGUCGACGGGAACCACGGGUUACCUUUCAACCGUCUGUCUCAAAGCAGCGCAGCAGGAAAACACCCACAUGCAAAUCAACAUGGAAACGUUUCCAGUCUGUGGAUGAAAGCAGCAAAAGUCACUUUAACCUCAGUUCAGAUUCCCAGGGUGGAGCUUCCCGUACCUGAAACAGGGGGACUGGUGUCAGAAGAGCGCAGUUCUUCCAGGAUCCGGCCCGGUUCCAGCCCGACCCGCAUCCGUGCAGGAUUCCUCCCUGACUUCCCCGCAUUCCCUGCAGUGCCGCUCAGCCGGAUCGGACGGCGGAUCGGACGGCGGAUCGGACGGCGGAUCGGACGGCGGCGGCCAGCAUGUCUGUCGGCGGCUACCAGCUGAGCGAGGAGCAUCUGUGGUGCUGCAUCUGCCUGGACGUGUUCUGCAGCCCCGUCACGCUGCCCUGCGGACACAACUUCUGCAGGAGCUGCAUCCAGGAGCACCUGACCUCUGACCCCCAGCGCCAGUGCCCCAUGUGCAAAGAGCGUGUGGACAAGAAACACAAGCUGGGCGUGAAUACUUUCAUAAGUGAGCUGGCCGUUCAGUACCGGCAGAGCGCAGGAAGGAAAUCUGGAAGCUGCUCAGAGCUGAGUAAAGCGCCGUGCGGAGCUCCAGUCAGACCCAAACCGCGGUCCUCCAGGUCCCGGCUGCUGCUAGCUGCUACGCUGCUAGCGGUGCUGCUGCUGCUCACGGCUAACCUGCAUCUCCAUCAGAGCCUGAGCGGCGGCGAGACUCUGCUGUCUGAGGCGGAGAGCGUCUGCUCCGAGCAUCAGGAGCCGCUGGAGCUCUUCUGCAAGAACGACCAGAUUAGCAUCUGCCGGGUCUGCGGCGCCACCGCACACCGGGCCCACCAGCUGGUUCCGCUCAGCGACGAGUACCAAGAGAAGAAGGCCGAGCUCGGCAAGACGGAGGCCCGCAUCCAGCAGGUGAUCUGGCAGCGGCGGCUGAAGGUCCAGGAGCUGAAGCGCUCCCUGCAGCAGAGCGAAGACGCCGCAGACGGGGAAAUGGCGGACGGCGUCCGGAUCUUCAGCUCCCUGAUCCAGACUCUGGAGGUGGCGCAGGCGGAGCUGAUCGGGGCGAUCGAGGAGAAGCGCAGAGCGAGGGAGAAGCAGAGCCAGAGUUUGAUGGCCGACCUGGAGCAGGAAGUGGGGAAGCUGCGGCGGCGGCAGGUGCAGCUGCAGCAGCUGUCGCGCUCCAGCGAUCCGCUCGUCUUCCUGCAGAGCUUCCCGGCUCUGAACGCCGUCCCGGCCACCAAGGACUGGACCCACCUGAGGAUGUGUCCGCUGGUCUACGACGGCCUGACCCGCACGGCGCUGCUGAGCGCCACCAACCAGCUGACGGACGCCAUCAGGAACGCCAUGCAGACGCUGCAGGACGCGGCGGCGGUGAACCUCCACCGCUCCGCCGUGGACGUCGAUCUGGACCCGGACACGGCGCAUCCCGCCCUCAGGCUGUCCGACGAUCGGAGACGGGUUCAGCUGGGAGACGGCGGGAAGACGCUGCCAUACCAGUCCAAACGCUUCGAAGCUUUGGUCGGCGUCCUGGGGAGGCGGGGCUUCGCCUGCGGGCGGUUUCACUACGACGUCCAGGUGAAGGGGAAAACCGCCUGGACGCUCGGCGUCGCCACGGAGUCCGUCAGCCGGAAGGUCGAACUGGACCUGAGCCCAGAGAACGGCUUCUGGACCAUCCGCCUCCAGAACAGGAAGGAGUUUGUGGCGCUGGCCAGCGAGCCGCUUCCUCUCUCGGUGGGUUAUAAUCCGGAUUGGGUGCGAGUGUUUGUGGAUUACGAGGAGGGUCAGGUGUCGUUUUAUGACGUGGGAGCGGCGGUUCUGCUUCACUCCUUCACCGGGUUUUCCUUCACAGAGAAACUCUUCCCGUUCUUCAGUCCCGGUCCGAACGACGGCGGCAGGAACUCUGCUCCUCUGAUCGUCGCUCCUCCGACUCAACAUGCAGAAAAAUAACGCAGACACCAGUCAGGAUUUUUCUCUUAAAGGGGCAGCGUCACAUAAAUUGUCUUGUUAUGAAGUUAUUCCCUCAUCACAAACAAACAUGGACGUCUGACAAUUAUUUAAUCUCCGCGGCAACCAAAACACGUGGGUGGACCUAGCUCCGCCUUCAAGACGCAGCUCCUCCCCCACUCAGCUCCUUCAGACUAGCCAGCAGCAAUUAGCAAACAGCUGAUGGAACUGCUGAGCUUCUUCUCAGUGAAAUGAUGGCAUAAUAAAUACUGAGUUUUAAAGGAGCUGCUUGUAAGAACAAAUCCAAAUAUGUAAUUUUAAUAAAUAUAAAGCAAAAGAAAACUUUCUGAAAAACUUUUCCUGUUUUGCAUCACAAAGAACGGAGAUACAGAAGUGGAAAAAAUACAAUAAUCAAUGC